UGGUAACACUGGUGAAGUUCUGCGGUCACACCAAGUGAGCAUAUUGAUUUUAUUUCUUCGAAAAAAGAUCCCAAUACGUACACACUCGCUGAAAAGCCGAAGAAGUCUUAAAUUUAGAUGCAAUUAUUAGUGGCGCGGCGGACAUAAAUCCUCGACAUGGGAGACAACGAACAGAAGGCGCUCCAGCUGAUGGCCGAAGCGGAGAAGAAGUUGACCCAGCAGAAGGGCUUUCUGGGAUCGCUGUUCGGAGGGUCCAAUAAGGUGGAGGACGCCAUCGAGUGCUACCAGCGGGCGGGCAACAUGUUCAAAAUGUCCAAGAACUGGACAAAGGCAGGCGAGUGCUUCUGCGAGGCAGCAACUCUCCAUGCGCGGGCUGGAAGUCGGCACGAUGCCGGAACCUGCUACGUGGACGCCUCAAACUGCUAUAAGAAGGUGGACGUGGAGAGCGCAGUCAACUGCCUGAUGAAGUCCAUUGACAUCUACACGGAUAUGGGACGGUUCACGAUGGCUGCCAAACAUCACCAAAGCAUCGCCGAGAUGUACGAGAGUGAUCCCAAUACUCUGGCAAAAUCUAUUCAGCACUACGAGCAGGCGGCUGAUUACUUCAAGGGUGAAGAGUCGGUCAGUUCGGCCAACAAGUGCAUGCUGAAGGUGGCCCAGUAUGCUGCCCAACUGGAGGAUUACGAGAAAGCAAUAUCUAUAUACGAGCAGGUAGCGGCCUCCUCGCUGGAAAGCUCUCUGCUCAAGUACAGUGCCAAGGAGUACUUCUUCAGGGCCGCUCUAUGCCAUCUGAGUGUGGACCUCCUAAACGCCCAGCAUGCCAUAGAAAAGUAUGCGCAGCAGUACCCAGCAUUCCAGGACUCGAGGGAGUUCAAGCUCAUCAAGGUGUUGUGCGAGCAUCUAGAGGAACAGAAUAUCGAGGGAUUCACAGAGGCCGUCAAGGAUUACGACAGCAUCUCCCGGUUGGAUCAGUGGUACACAACUAUCUUACUGCGGAUCAAGAAGGCUGCGGACGAGGAUCCCGAUCUGCGAUAAACAAAAUCAAUUAAACUUUCUGAUAAAAUAGCGUACACAUUUAUUAAAUGCUUUAUUCGGUUCGGAUAUUAAUCUACCUAUAUAUAACUAAAAGAAAAUUAUUAAACGUGUUGCAUUGCUUAACCUGAAAGCACCCAAAAGACGGCCUGCUUAAACGCGUGAAUUAAACUUAUUGAAUAGUCCAUAUUCCCAUAUUCCUGAGUUUAAUUUAACGCUUGUGCAACGAAUGAAGAAAUCAGCAGAAGCCGAAGCUCACAUUGCGCUACUCUAUUCUAUAAAAACUUUAUUAUUUCUAAUGUGGAGUGAUUAGAGAUGUUAUGUUUGUCUGUUUUUGCAUUAAUCUUGUUAUUUGUGUAAGUAGCCAAUCAGUAAGUUAGCUGAUGUUUUAUUUGGGUGCGUAACUUACCCUAUAGAAAUCCGUAUCCACUACUAUAAAUAAAUUGAUAACUUUCAUUCUA